UAUCCAAUAAAGAAACCUGAAGACUUCGAACUGUUAGCAAUGGAUAGCAGCCCUCAAGGUAUACUGCUAUGCGGCCCACCUGGAUGUGGUAAAACUUUGUUGGCUAAAGCGAUUGCGAAUGAAACGGGUAUGAACUUCAUCAGUGUGAAGGGACCUGAAUUGUUGAGUAUGGUAUGUGCACUUAUUUCAUGUCGGUUUUAUUAUCAUUUCACCACGUGA